AUGACAUUAGGUUGUAAUAGAAGCAGUUACUACAGAAACAGAUUAAAUUUGACAGAGGACUCACGCCGUAGACAAACAUCUUCAAAACUUUUGAAUUGUGAAUUUGAACUUUAUGGUUCAAGAUGUAAAAAUACUUGGCACCUUGAG